CUAGGUGCAUAGGGGCUUGCAAGAGCUUGACUAGUGCCGGCCAAGGCGACUCAGGAGAGGCACCAAUUUCGCGACAAAAUGCUGUCUAGGGCCCUGCUCCUCGCAGGGCGCCUCGCCGCGACUGGCCAGCAGCAGGCAGCUAGCACCUCGUCUCGCGCUGUCCAGCCGCUAGGCUCGCUGCUGCAGCGGUGCAACUUUGCCACCAACUCGACCGAUAUCUUCAACAUUCACAAGGACACGCCAGAGAACAAUGCUGCGACCAGCUUUGAGUUUAGCGAGGCUACUCUGAAAGUUGUCAACGAUAUCAUCGCGCGGUACCCGCCGAACUACAAGCAGAGCGCCAUCAUUCCGGUGCUGGACGUCACGCAGCAGGAGAACGGCGGGUGGCUGAGCCUCGCGGCCAUGAACCGUGUGGCUAAGCUGCUGGACAUGGCGCCCAUCCGCGUGUAUGAAGUGGCCACCUUCUACACCAUGUUCAACCGCACGAAAAUUGGCAAGUACCACGUGCAGAUUUGCGGCACCACUCCUUGCAGGCUGCAGGGCUCCCAGAAGAUUGAGGAGGCCAUCACCAAGCACCUCGGCAUCGGCAUCGGCCAGACCACGCAGGACGGGCUGUUCACACUGGGCGAGAUGGAGUGCAUGGGCGCUUGCGUGAACGCGCCCAUGGUGGCCAUCGCCGACUACACCAAGGGUGUGUCGGGCUUUGAGUACAUCUACUACGAGGACCUGACGCCCAAGGACAUUGUCAACAUCCUGGACACCAUCAAGAAGGGAGGCAAGCCCAAGCCUGGGUCUCAGUACCGCUUGAAGGCGGAGCCCGCCGGCGCCGUGCACGGCGGCGAGAAGUGGGUGCCCAAGGACGGCGAGACCACGCUGACGGGGGCACCCCGCGCGCCCUACUGCCGUGACCUGAACGCCACCGCGUAAUCGGCCGUGCUCGUGGCGGUGGAAGAUAUGGCAAGCGUGCGGGCGUGCUGUGGGAUGCAGCGUGUCUGGAGCGGCGGAGGGCGGGCCAAAAUGGUCCAUGGUGUGGGUGUGGAGGUCGUGGUGGCGGUAUGCGACGGCAGCUCUUACGGAUGGCAGGGUGCGCUGGGCGCUCAGGUGCCACAUUGGCGGAGUGCCGCAGGAGGUGUGGCUCUUGCAGAAGGGCAGUGGCUUAUGUCUGACUAGAAUUUAGCUUAGAAUGGACUUGAGGGGUAUGUGUGAGGAGCUUUUACGUAUGUGUGGGGCUUUAUGUGGAUACGUGCGUGGACGCAAGCAGGAAGAACAUGUGACUAGCUUUGUACGGGCAUGCCGGCGCAGGGUUGCCGCCUUGCAGGAAAAGCUUCGACUUUGUACGGGCAUGGCGGCGCAGGGCUGACGCCUUGCAGAAAAAGCUUCGACUUGAAUGGAGGCCACACGAUUUCCUUUCCGCUCUGGUCUACGUACGCAUUAGUUCCGCAACGCACGUCGACAACGAUUGCCUUGGAACGCCAGCGAGGCUGGGCGAGCACGGUGGUGCGCGUCUGGGCCUGCAGCAUUCCCAUAUGCAGCUUGGGUCAUAUCA